UCAAUAUUAUACUGUCAUCAAAAUAUUGUUUUUGUACAAAACAUCGAAUUCAUUACCUUAUUUAAACUAAGUUAUAGAUUGAUAGCCUUUUCCGCAAAAUUCUUUGAUUUAAAGAAAAUUUUAGUUAAACGGAAACAAGAGUGCAGUGAACAAAAUUGAAUUUAUUUCGAGUGAUUUCGUUACCUUCCUUGUUUGCAUUUUGUUUUUGUUUCUGAUGAAUCAAAGUUGAGCUUUGAAGGUUCUAGCAAAUUUAUUGCGUUGCGUUUUAUUUCCAUAGUCUUUUUUUUUGGUUUGUCAUCCCUAAAUCAUUUAAUCGAAAUGGGCGAUGACUUGUUGACAACACUAAAGAUUUUGAUUAUUGGGGAGAGCGGUGUGGGAAAAUCGAGCUUAAUGCUACGAUUCACUGAAGACGAAUUCGACUCGGAACAAGCUCUUACAAUCGGUGUUGAUUUCAAAACUAAGAUCAUCAAUGUGGACGGUGUCAAUGUUAAAUUAGCCAUCUGGGACACAGCUGGACAGGAACGAUUUCGCACACUUACUCCCAGCUAUUACAGAGACGCACAGGGUGCCAUUCUUGUCUACGAUACAACGAAGAAAAAUACCUUCCAAAAGCUGGAUUCGUGGCUAAAUGAAUUGGACAUUUACGGCACCAAGACGAAUAUGGCAAAAAUGGUCGUCGGCAACAAAAUCGACCAACCCAAUCGACAGAUUAGCCGUGACGAUGGUUUUCGAUUCGCCAAAAAGCAUCGCACCAUGUUCGUUGAAGCGUCGGCUCGAAACGGUGAGGGGGUGAGGGAUGCCUUCGAGGAAAUUGUUAGGAAAAUUAUCGAAACCGAUGGACUGUGGGAACGACGGUAUGGAGAUGGUAACGUCGAUUUGAAUAAAACGGGGGCCGCAACGUCUUAUUGUCAGUCGUGUUCGUUAACUUAGUUCAUACAUUGGUUUGGUGAACGAAAUCAUUGUCGUUGUAUGAACGUUAAUUUUUCUCCCCUUUUUUUCGUUUGAAGCGUUCCAUGCUGUGG